AUGUCUUCUUCAACUUCAACAAGUGUUCCGACUGCGACCAAACCCCAACCCCAAUCCCAAUCCCAACAAAAACAACCUACUGUGUUAUUAUGCAUUGGCAUGGCAGGUUCAGGCAAAACCACUUUUAUGCAGCGAAUAAAUGCUUACCUUCAUAGUAUAAAAAAACCUCCAUACGUUAUAAACCUUGAUCCAGCAGUCACUCAUCUUCCUUUCACAGCAAAUAUUGAUAUCCGGGAUACUAUUAAUUAUAAAGAAGUAAUGAAGCAAUAUAAUUUAGGUCCAAAUGGUGGUAUUCUUACUAGUUUAAAUUUAUUUACGACGAAAUUUGAUCAAGUGCUUGAUUUUGUCUCGAAACGUGCACCAACCUUAGAUUAUAUUAUCUUGGAUACGCCUGGCCAAAUAGAAAUAUUUACAUGGUCAGCAUCUGGAGCAAUCAUUACAGACGCGUUAGCAGCGACAUAUCCUUGUGCAGUCGCUUAUAUUAUAGAUACACCAAGAACAACAAGUCCGUCAACAUUUAUGAGUAAUAUGUUGUAUGCUUGCAGUAUCUUAUAUAAGACCAAAUUACCAUUUAUAUUGGUUUUUAAUAAGACUGAUGUUGUUUCUCACGAAUUUGCUGUUGAAUGGAUGACGGAUUUUGAAUCUUUUCAACAAGCUUUGCAAAACGAUACGAGUUAUAUGGGCAGUCUUAUGAAUUCUAUGUGUCUAGUAUUGGAAGAAUUUUAUCAACAUUUAAAGGUGGUUGGAGUUUCGGCCAUUACUGGCGCUGGAAUGGAUGAAUUUUUUGAAGCUGUUGAUGAAGCUUCCAAGGAAUACGAGACAGUAUAUAAACCCGAAUUAGAAAAAUUGAUUCGAGAAAAAGCCGAAAGACAAGAAGCCGCAAAACAGGCACAAAUUACAAAAUUAAUGAAAGAUAUGGACAUGUCUGAUGCUCCUAAAACAGAUCAAAUGAUGGAAGAGGAAGAAGAAACGGAGGAAGUUGAUGGGGAUGAUGGUGAUCAUGAUUAUGACGAAGAUGCCGACUAUGAAGCUAUGAGAAAACAUCAAGAACAACUUGAUGAUCAAAGCUUUGGUCGAUGGUUAAAACAAGCUCGUGAAGGUGGUGAUGGGAAUAUUGAAUAA